AUGGAGAAGAAGAUGAAGAAGACGGAGAGAAGAAUGUCGACGCGCAUCGUUCCCGACUCGGUUGAGCCGGCUGUCAUACGCUACUCGCCGUGCUCGACUGAGCCGCUACUGCCCGCGGUGUUUCUCAUGCAACCUGCCAACAAUCGCGUCCCAGAGGAGGCCAAGGACGAGGACAACGUUCUGCUGGACGUCGCCCGCCUUGUGGACAAGAAGAUCAUCGAAGCCGAGCAGCGUGAGGCGGAGCGAAACUCGAGGUCCUCCCAUUCGAAAGCCGCCAUCGCCUCGUCGCUGGCGCUGCUCGCCAGCGUGCUGCUCAUCGUGGCAGUGCUGAUUUGGCACGAAGCCCCCCCAGAACGGGGACCGGACCCCAUGUGCGAAACGAGCGACUGCCUGCGCUUCGCCUUCAUCAUCGGCCAAUCGAUGGACCGCAGCGCUGACGCCUGCGCUGCCUUCGGGACGUUCGUGUGCGGUGGAGCUAGACUCCCAGACAUGCAUUCUUGGAUGCCGGAGGCACGUGACAACCUGCUCCACAGCUGGACGAAUGACGUCAUCGAGUCCCUGAAUGCACCGAAAGUGGGCGAUAGUGCGGGCCGGAUUCUAGACAACGCGAGAGCCAUGCUGCAAUCCUGCCUGGAGACUGCGUGUGACGAGACCAUUUCCCAACGAAACGCUCGGGACCUUCGAAUUUUCCUGGAGCAGCGGAAGCUCUCGUGGCCCGGCGACCCUCAGCGAUCGGACGUCCACCCUCUGGACGUCCUACUCGACUUGGCGAUUAACUGGCAGAUGCCUCUAUGGUUCAACGUGGGCAUACUGACCACUUCCGUCACCCCAACGGCCCAGGCAUCGGCACUCCGCGUGGACUUCAACAUGGACAGCACCCGCUGGUGGAUGCCGGCAGGCACAACGUACCGUUCCCGCAACUCCUUGACGUCUUCCACUACUACGCGCAUCGGCGAGGAGGUCAUCGAUGACGAGGAAGUUGGCGACACGAACGCGUACCACUUCGACAGCUACGUGUUCAGCACGCUGUCCAAGCUGGCCAGCGGCUACUCGGCCGGACUAGAGCCUUCGGCUCUGGAUCUCCUAGGCAUCGAGGCCCUGACGCCGCAUCUGGAGAUGAACGUGUGGAUUCUGUUCCUCCAGCGGCACAUGCGCACGACCAUGACGAUCAGCGAGAGCACGCAGGUGUUGCUCGCCGACCGUAGGCUGCUGACGACCACGGACCACUUUUUCGCAAAGUUCUUUUGGGAGGAACUGCUAGACCACAUGUCUCGCUCCGUCGUCAACGCCUUCGCGAACGUCAUCUACUCAGCAACACCUUCCUCGGUAGACAACGCAGGCACCGCGUUGAACGAUUCUGUUCCCUGUCCAACCGUAGCUAUCAGGACUCGCUGCGAGUUGCAGGCCGAGUACACGUACCGUCUCUUCCUGGCGGUGAACCAUGGCGAGCAUGUCGGAAUGGCUGCCCGGCGGAAGCACCUGCUCGUCAUCCUCAACGAGGCGCUGCGUGCGGCCGUCGCAGCUCUCAUCCGCCGAAAAAACAUGGCAAGCGAGCAAAGGCACGGCAGCACAGACGCUGCCAUCAACAGGCUCCAGAGGAUCAGGCUCGACGUCUGGCCCAGCGACGAGCUGCUGCGCAUAUCGCGCGACGAGCUGGAGCUCAUGUACUCCAGCUUUCCGGAGCCGGACGCGGCCCACUCGUACCUGGAGCACCUGCUGGCCACCCGCCGAGCCCUGCGUUCCCUGCUGGGCUCUCCCACCUACCGCCACCUGACGGGCAUCGGCGCUCAGGGGGGACGGAGCCGCGACGGUUUCUUCGGCUACGAUCCCUUCGAGAACGCCGUGUUCGUGUGGCCCGGAGUGCUGCGGGAGCCGCUGUUCUACGCCCGCGCCACCAAGGCCGUCAACUAUGGCGGCGUUGGGGCCGCCUUCGCCCGUCAGCUGACCGCGGCCAUGGACGUCGACGAGGUGUUCUUCGACGCCGAGAACAGCACCUGGUCGGUUCAUCGCAGAGACAGGGCCAAGGGUGACUUGAACGCCGAGCAGCGGGCCCUGGGCAUCGCCCAUGACGCCUACGUCGAGAACGUGGAGUUCGACGAAGGUGGCGCCGGAGCCCAGCACGUCGUGUCGCUGGAAGAGUUCUCGGCGGAGCAGAUCUUCUUCAUCUCAUACUGUCACAGCCUGUGCCAACUUUUGCCCUUUCGCGGCCACCAGCGGUGUACGAACGCCGUGAAGGGCUUUGAUUACUUCGAGGAGGCUUUCCACUGCAAGGCUUCCAAUUUGUAGCACGCUGUACACAUAUCUCUGUGCCGAUGGCCGCCUGCCACGCCAGGAAUGAGCAUUACGUGGCAAAUUGCGAAGUGAAGCUCUAAACAAAAACGGAAAGUAACAUUUAUUUAAUGAUCAUUCUGCAUUUCUUUUCACGUCAAUAGCGGAGUUUUCUUAGCAAUAAAACAUUUUUUAAUAAAAA